CCUUAAAGCGGGAAAAUAGUAUACUAUAUAUUGAAGUUUAUUGUACAGUUGUAAACGCAGGAUGAAGGUUAUUUUUUGUUUGAACUAUAUCUAUUUUAAAAAUUAUAAUCUGAAAAUAUAAGUAUCAUUUUAAUAUUUUGUACAUACGUUCAGCGUUACAAUAAUAACCUGAAUUAUUUUAUUGACUCGCGUUUUUAACGGCUAUUAUCAUGAAACCUGGCACGAAGGUUUCUGCCGCCAAAACCGUUACUCCUGAGCAGGAUAAGGUUAGAAAGUCUUUGCACGUUUUGCAGCCAGCAGCAACUGAUAAAGAAAAUUUAGUUGGUGGUGGGAGGAGGAUGCUUAGAUCUGCUCUUCCAGCAAAGGAAACAAUAAAAAAUGAAGUGAAAGAAAAACCAAAAAUUGAUGAAAAGCCAAAACGUAAGAAAAUAGUUUUAAAAGAUAAAGCUGUACAAACUACAAGAGGAGGAAAAAUAAAAAUUGAAGUUGAAGAUUUGACAUCUGAAGCUGGCCUUAGUGAAAAUUAUUGGGAAGUAUUAGCUGAAAGACGACGGAUAGCACUUGAAGAUGCUUUAAGCAUCUUCAUCGUUACGGAAUUACCAGCUUGGCCUUUACAUCAAGGAGAAGCCAUUUGUUGCUCACUUUGUUUAACAGUUAUUACCAGCGGCAGAGAUAAGGUUAGAAAGUCUUUGCACGUUUUGCAGCCAGCAGCAACUGAUAAAGAAAAUUUAGUUGGUGGUGGGAGGAGGAUGCUUAGAUCUGCUCUUCCAGCAAAGGAAACAAUAAAAAAAAAACCAAAAAUUGAUGAAAAGCCAAAACGUAAGAAAAUAGUUUUAAAAGAUAAAGCUGUACAAACUACAAGAGGAGGAAAAAUAAAAAUUGAAGUUGAAGAUUUGACAUCUGAAGCAUCUUCUGAAGAUAACAGAGAAUUGACUGAACGCGUUGAAACAUUAGAAGAAGAAAAUCGUAUUUAUAAAGAAAUGUUAGAUGAAUCUAGAGCACUGGUUGAAGUUUCACAGAUCGUUACGGAAUUACCAGCUUGGCCUUUACAUCAAGGAGAAGCCAUUUGUUGCUCACUUUGUUUAACAGUUAUUACCAGCGGCAGAGUAAUAUAUAACGAGAAUAAUUAUCACGUUACUUGUGCAAAUCUAUGGCUUAAUUGUGUAAAUAGUAAUUUGCCCGUGAUGCGGCAUCCCGUUUAUUCUCAUUCGAACACAUGUCCAGUUUUAACGGCUAUUAUCAUGAAACCUGGCACGAAGGUUUCUGCCGCCAAAACCGUUACUCCUGAGCAGGAUAAGGUCAGAAAGUCUUUGCACGUUUUGCAGCCAGCAGCAACUGAUAAAGAAAAUUUAGUUGGUGGUGGGAGGAGGAUGCUUAGAUCUGCUCUUCCAGCAAAGGAAACAAUAAAAAAUGAAGUGAAAGAAAAACCAAAAAUUGAUGAAAAGCCAAAACGUAAGAAAAUAGUUUUAAAAGAUAAAGCUGUACAAACUGCAAGAGGAGGAAAAAUAAAAAUUGAAGUUGAAGAUUUGACAUCUGAAGCUGGCCCUAGUGAAAAUUAUUGGGAAGUAUUAGCUGAAAGACGACGGAUAGCACUUGAAGAUGCUUUAGAAGAUAACAGAGAAUUGACUGAACGCGUUGAAACAUUAGAAGAAGAAAAUCGUAUUUAUAAAGAAAUGUUAGAUGAAUCUAGAGCACUGGUUGAAGUCUUACAGGAAAUGAUUGGAGAAGAUAGAAAUGAUAUAAAUAAUUCCCUAGAAGAUACCAUUUAAUAUUUUAUUUAAUUUAAUAUUAUGCAAUCAAAUAGCAAUUAGUGCCUUAACUCUUGAUUCUUCAAACAUUAAAUGUUUUUUAAUUUGAGAUCAAAUAUAAUGGAUAAUAUAUAGAUUUAUUAAUAAGAAAUUAACAGAUUGCAUAAUCUGAAUUAAAAUUCAAAUAAAGCUUUUAUAAGCUAGAAAUGCAAGAUUUUUUUUUAUAUAGUUAUUUCUUUUUAAUUGUUCAUGAUUAUGUGUAUGUAUGUACUGAAUUAAUUAAGACUAUGACUGCGAAUAUAGUUGUACUUACUCAGAAUACUAUCUAAUAUAAUAUAAAUAUAUUUUUGAUUAUAAUUAAUAAACUGGUCUUUUAAUA